AUGGUCAAACUCGACGUUUCGCUGUUGCGUUUCAUGGAGGACGAGGACUUUCGCAUUUUGACCGCGCUGGAGAUGAGCAUGCGGAACCACGACGUGGCGCCGACGGCCCUGGUUGAGCGCAUCGCCCAACUCCCCCACGGGGGCUGCCGGAAGCGGCUGAAGGAGAUGCUCAAACAAAAGAUCAUCCACCACGAGAACACAGCCUACGACGGCUACGCCAUGAAGUACGCCGCGUACGACCUCCUCGCCCUGCGCACGUUGAGCAAACGCGGCACCUGCACCGGGGUCGGCCACCGCAUCGGCUGCGGGAAGGAGUCCGACAUUAUUCUCGUCCGGGACGAAAACGCGGCGGAGUGCGUGCUCAAACUCCAGCGCCUGGGGCGAUGCUCCUUUCGCAGCGUGAUGCGUAAUCGGGAUUAUAAAGGCCGGGGCCAGACGCGGCAUGGGGAGAGUUGGUUUUACCUCUCCCGCCUGGCCAGCCAGAAGGAGUUUUCCUUUAUGAAGGCCCUUUAUGAGGAGGGCUUUCCCGUCCCCUGCCCGAUCGAUCAGAAUCGACAUGCGCUGCUGAUGGGGCUGGUCCCGGGGACGCUGCUCAACAACGUCCUGCACCUCGGCGACCCCGCCAUGGUCUAUCGCCGUUGUUUAGAUCUCAUGGUGAAGUUGGGGGAGGCGGGCCUGAUUCACGGUGACUUUAACGAGUUUAACCUCAUGAUCACGGAUGAUCAGCACGUCGUGAUGAUUGACUUUCCGCAGAUGGUUUCGAUUAAUCAUCCGAACGCGGCCGAGCUUUUCGAUCGGGAUGUGCAGAACCUCGCAAAUUUCUUUCUACGUCGAUUUAAGCUGAACGCGCAGUACUUCCCGUGUUUGGAAAAGGACGUCGUGCGAAAGGAUAAUCUCGACAAACGGGUACUCGCAAGCGGGCACUUCACGAAGACCGAUCAGGAAGAUUUAGAGCGCAUGAUGAAGGAAGCCUUUGCGCGGCAUGAAAAGGAGGAGGAUGCGGCGUCUUUGGAUUCAAGUGAAAGCGAAAUGUCCGUUUCGGUUGCUGACGAGGAAAAAGGAGACUAUGGUAAGGCAUUCUGUGAACGCGUUCAGAUGGCCGCGGAGGUGUCUCCGUCUAGAGACGAUAUUCAGCGAAAUAAGGAUUUAAAUGGCAGCGCUGAAGCGGUGAAUCAAGAGGGCAGCUCAUCCUCUAUCAGUGGUGAGGAAUUUGAUAGGAAUUCUCUCGAUCUGGCAAUGAAUAGAAACCAAUUAGAUCGCGCAUAUAAGUCGCUUGGACAUCAUAAUGGCGAAAACUUUUUGACUAAUGGUAAUAUUAAUGAGCACCAUAUUCAGGAGCAGGUUCGAAAGGAUCUUCGUAGGCAGGAUAACCGCAAUUUCAAUCGUGGAUUGCGUAGAAAUAUCCAGAAGGGCCGUGAUAAGCAAAAGAUACGUCGCCAGGUGAAGAAUGCCGGCGGAAACGGGUUUUUUGAUUGA